AUGCCAGAUUUAUCCUCUCUAUAUUCAUCAUUAUCAUCACCAUCAAGUUCAAUUAUUCGUGAAACUCAUUUAUUUACAACACGUACAUUUACCAAAGUAAAUUUAUUAGGUGGUUCAUUUAAUGUCAAACUUUAUCAUAAUACAAAUUUAAUAUCAAUUGAUAUUGAACAAAAUGAUACACUUACAAUACGUAUGAUAGAAAAUUUAAAUAUAUCUAAUAAAACAAAUAUAACAUUAUUUAUUAUAUAUCAACAAUUAAAUGAAUUCUCUAUUGAUGGUAAGAUUAAUAUUCAAUGUGUAAAUUUAAUACAACCAAAUCUAUUUCAUUUAUAUCAUCGUGAUAGUGGUUUAAUAAAAUUAAAAUUAACUGUUGAUAAACUUAAUGCUUAUCUACAUUCAAUUGGUCGUGUUAAAUUAUGUCGACAUGUUAAUGAUGAAGUUACAUUAAAAUCUAUAAGAGCUGGUGAUGUUGAUUGUCGAAAUUGUUAA